AUGCCCCCGGAUCCGAGAGUGUCGCGUUCAUCGUCUUGGGCAAUGGUUGAUAACUUAGACGCCUUAGGAAAUUUUAAUUGGCCGAAAGUUAUCUUUGAUAAUCUCCAUGCCUCAUUCGCGAAACUUAAGCAUUUGAAGGAUGACCCGGAUAAGGAACAACACUACUUCAGCGGGUUCGCUCCAAUUUUUGAGGCCGUUGUAUUUAGUAGAAUACAAUCCUUAGCGCCAAAGCCAAAGCCAGAGCUUGUUUGUCUCCAUCCUCCCAUACAAAGUUACAGUAGUAAAAGGACCGGAUGGAGGCCGCUGAACACGAUCGAAGCCUCAGAGCCAAAUGCUGUGGCACUGUGGACAAUUCAUCCUAUCUGGGUUGGGCCCUGUGUGGAUAGGAUGAAUUGUCCACACAGUGCCACAACAUUUGGCUAA